AUGUAUACAUACAUGGAAUAUCUCCAGAAAUGUUUUUAUAAAACCACAAAUUGGAAUGAGGAUAAUAUUUUUUCUAAUAUAACUGCUACAUCACUGGCAUUGUUGGAAUUUCCCAUUCCUAAUGGGUGUAAAGUAGAUUUAUCAUCGAAAGCUACGGAACAUCUGGCUUCGAGUUUCACAUUAUCGAAUUAUCAUUCAAUAAAUGGUUCAUUGGCAUAUCUAUAUUCUUCAAUUCCUUUACGGAAUACAAUGGGUACUAAGGACAUUUCAUUACAGGAUGCUAUUUCUGGAUUCAAAAUGCUUGAACUCAACUCAUCAACAACAAAUGCGUUACAGAACCCGGUAUACAAGAAUACACAUGAUUCAUUGUUAUAUGGUCGAAUGUACUUCCCAGGUUCAGCAUUGGAGGCCAUGAUUAUUAAGAGGAUCUCACCGCAGACGCAGUUGUUGAUUAAGUGCAUCAAUAAUCCACAUUUGGAUAAGAAUGGGACAAUGAUCGUCUACUUACAGAAAAAUGCACCAAAGCUACUGAGAGAAUUCAUAUAUUCUACAAACGAAGCGCUAUUUGGUUUCCGGUGCUUGUACAACAUGGGCAGCCUGGAAUCGAAUUUGAACAGGUCCAUUAACAACUCGAAUUUGAUUCCAAAGUUUGAUAAUUCGGUUAUAUCCAUAGGUACCGAAAUAUGGUACGCAGCAUUAAGUAUGAGUCCAGGGUUAUCUACAGCAUUUAGAUAUUCGACUAGGUCCACAUCCACAGGAAAACCUUUGACGAUGACAUUUGCCUGUAACCCGAUUUUGGGGCAUAUAUCCUCAGCUUAUACUGUCAAAACGUCAGUGGCCUCCACAUUUUGCUCGAAGUAUGAUUUUAAUGUGUUCUCAUAUGCCAGUAAUCUUUCCUUGGGGUUCGAGAUAUAUAAUUAUUCCAGCAGCAAUACGUCUAAUUCUGCUGCAACUCCACCGCGUAUCAAAAACAGUGAUUCACAAGUUUUGAGUAAUAAUAGCACCGAUUCCAAGGGUACAGUACAUAUACGAUCUCCUGACGUGCUAGACUACAAGAACCAUUCUAAUGUUAUCAUAAGUCCAAUUCAGACGUUUGAUAACUAUUAUCAUAUAAACCCCACAUUACUACCUUCUACUAAAAACGAGUUUGAGGAGGUAAGACCACCACCACUCGAAAGUCAAGUCGAUUCUAAUAACGAAACCGCAAUGACAGCGUUUGAAAAUCUUGUUAACGAAAGUGACUUCUCGAGUGUAAUUAAAUUGUCAACCAGUCUAAACGAUAAAAUGUUAAAGCUCUUAUGGAAAGGUAGAUGCAAAGACUUUUUGGUUACUACAGGAGUCAAAAUGAUUUUGAAUCCAAUUACCAAUACACCAGAGUUUAAUAGAUUUGGAAUAAGCUUCUCGUACGCUUGUUGA